AUGCCCGAUGUAUUGGCUGCCGGAGCCGGCGUGUGCCGUGCAGAGGCCGUCGAGGUGGUGUGCCGAGAGGGAGGUACGCGUCUCGGACAACUUUUCGGAGAGGAUCCUCCAAUCCCCUUCCAAAAAACGGGUGAUGGUUCGUGGGACUUAGGACUCGAAGGUGGGCACUCGAUUCGCCGCAUUUUAUACCAUGGCGAUACCACGGGAAAUGCCAUGCUGACGGCCUUUCAUACCUGGAUAUCCCGGGAGCCCCGGAUUGAUGUCCAAACGGAUACUAUGGCCUUAGAUCUGAUAACCCGCCACCAUAAUACGGCCGACCCCCGUAAUGUAUACGAGCCGAAUGCGGGACUGGGAGCCUAUCUGUUCCGGUACUCCGAUGGGACUAUGGAUACCGUGCGCGCGGCUUAUACCGUGUUGGCAACCGGCGGGUGUGGGCAGAUAUACCAGUAUACGUCGAACCCGCCCAUUGCUACUGGUGACGGGCUGGCUAUGGCAAUACGCGCGGGCAUCCCACUUAUUAACAUGGAGUAUACCCAGUUUCAUCCGACGGUUUUGCAUCAUCGUGAUUACGGUGGCUUUCUGAUCAGCGAAGCGGUCCGAGGAGAAGGCGCUGUGCUUCGCGAUUACGAUGGCCAGAAAAUUAUGACAUCAAAAGUACAUCCGCAACAGGACUUGGCGCCUCGCGACACGGUCACACGAGAGAUACUGCGCAGUAUGGCCCGCUGCGCCGCCCCAUGCGUAUUCCUAGACGCCUGUCAUAUGAGCUCUGAAUUUUGGCAAAAUCGUUUUCCUGCUAUAUAUUCACUAUUGAAAAAAGCGAAUCUCGAUCCAUCUCAUGAAUGGAUACCCGUGGUGCCGGCGUUUCAUUUCCAUUGUGGAGGCAUCCCUGCCACCAUGGACGGCGAAAGCCCGUUGCACAACGUGUAUGCGAUCGGAGAGGCCAGUUGCACCGGCAUACAUGGAGCGAACCGCUUAGCGGGUAUGAGCCUUCUUGAGGGAGUUGUGUGUGGUCAGCGAUGCGCGGAGCAUAUCGCUCGUCGUCGAAAAGAUCGCGUCCCCGCCCCUGCCCAUAAAGACAUCCCGGUGCGAGACUGGGAGCCUUACCCUGGAGUGGAUAAGAUCGAAAGGACUUGGCUGGAGCAGGAUUGGUCGACGCUGCGCCAGAUCAUGUGGAACUACGUUGGGCCCGUGCGUAGUCAGCGUCUGCUACAACGGGCCAUCCAUGAUUUGAGGUAUUUAUCGAGUCGUAUCGACGAUUUUUAUCAUAGCUACGCUAUUGAACGGUCGAUUAUUGAAUUGCGGAAUGCCGUAUCGGUUGGGUUGUCUAUUGCCCGUUCCGCAUACAUGCGUCGGGAGAGUUAUGGAUGCCACUAUCGGAGCGAUUUCCCCCCACCGGGGGACUCACAUCGGUCAUCGUCGACCCCUCCGCACCAGAAUGGCGCGGAGGCCCCUUAG